CUGAAUUGAAUAGCUGAAUUGUGUUGAAAUGAUCUGGUGGAUAUAUCUAAUGUUCCACAUCUGCAUGCAGAUUAUGCAUGCGGAGCACCAAGCGUUUCGAAUUCCGCGCAAUCGAAGUUUGGCCAUAGAAGCUAUUGAUGCACCAUCAAAAGAUGGUUCAGGCUCAAACGAAUUUAAACUCAAAGGAAAUCAAAGUGCUUUGCGGUUGUAUGCCGAUUGGGGCUACACCAUGGACUCCAAGAAACCCCUGAAGCAGCAGUGCCGCUCAACGGGCUACCAAAAUGCAUUUUCUUGGUUGGCUGUUAAGAACAGAAACCGGGUGAUCGAAGAGCCUCGCCGUUUUUUAAAGGAUCUGCGUAGUGAUAUGUACAAAAAAGCGGAUGCUGAGAAAUGCCAUCAGCCGGAAAUGCGGAAUGUCCAGGAAUUUCUCGAGUGCCAAGUGCGCAGGCAUAUGCGACUGGAGUUGCACAUUCCCAAGUAUCCCAAUAUUCCAACAUAA